AUGUGGGUGUUGUUGCUCCUCGCAACUUUUCCCACCAGAACAACGCCGCUUGUGCGCGCAGAUGACGAUGACCACCAAGGUGGAAGCGGAAACGUCCCAUGGUCGGAGACAAGGAAAACCCGCUUCAUCGUCAUCUCAUCUUGCCCACAGGCAGAGAACCGCGUCAUCCCAGCAGGCUUCUUCGACACGAGCAAGGACCUGCGCGUCACCAUCAUAGCUUCGUGCUCAGUCGUUUUGAAUGGCACGGGCGGGUGGUCAGACUUGGAGAUUGAAGUCGAGGCCGGGGCAGUUGUGCCUUUGCUUAGCUUCCCAGACCUGCAGCGUGUUGAUGACAUCUAUGUGUCUGUGGAUGGCGUGCUUGACAAACUCUCCAUGCCUUCCAUCCACACCAUUGAUGAGUUCAAGAUUGAAACGACCAAAGGCAGCAACGUCUCUGUCGUUCUUGGUCACCCAUCCACACACAGCGUGCACGCACUGGAUCAAGUGGACGUGCAAACCCGAGGGUUUGUGGGCGUGUCCAUCUAUGGGCGGUGCCUCACCGUGCGUGAGGUGGACGUCUCGCGGGAUUGGGCAGAUGCCACAGGCCGCAUCAGACUCUUCAACGUGUCGGGCGUCACAACGUUUAGUGCCGUGCCACCGUUCCUUGAUUGGCUCUCUCUCUUCUGGAACAACGUCAACGUCGCCACCCUCCCUGUUGCCAACAGCACAUGCCACAUGCAUACAACACCCAUGAUGAGCACAACCAACAUGACAACCACCCCCUCCACCGCAACUACGAGUACAACUGCAUCUGCAACGCCGACGACUCCAUCAGCCUCUGCUCUCCCUGCCAUCAACACCACCACCACAAUGAACACGACGACAACAACGACAACGACAGCAGCACCACAUCCAAACGGCCCGCCGUUGAACAGCCAGCAGAUUGCGGCCGUUGCGGCCACAUCAGCCAUCUUCAUCGUGGUUCUUGUUGCCGUGAUUGUGUUUACGCUGCUCGCCAAACGCGCCAAGCUGGACCCGUCUCUCGUUCUUCGCGAGGACCUCGACCCAUUUGACGAGCCUGCAUUCCCACAGCGCCACGCAGAGGAGAGUCUCAUCCACAACCCAGUGUAUGACGACGAGCCCAUGCCCGCGCACGGCAGCGCCGACGACGAAGGAGAAAUGACCAUCCAGAAGUUUAUUCACCGAGCAGCCAUCCUCGGGGAUGUUGACGCGCUUGACAAGUUCCGUGCGGAGUUGGUGCAGCACCAGCUGUCGUCGGGGUCUGGUUCGUCGCUGUCGCCCGGGUCGUCGUCGUCAGCGCAGGCCACGCCGUCCCCACCUGCUCACGACGCCUCCUCGCCGUUCUUCGCAUCCACGCAGCAGCAGCACCAGCAGCACGAUCAUGAACAACAGCAACGUGAACAACAGCAAGGACAGCAGUCAUUGCAGCAGCAGCUGUUGGGUGAGACUGCACCAUCGCCUGCCCCGCUUGCGCACGGCGACAGUGGUGUUGACGGCGUUCUCGCUGGCGAGGACUACACGGCGAUUGGAGAGUGGAUGCAUAUGAGCGAGCUCCCGUUUGAGGACGACGACGUGCACGCCUCUGGCCCAUCAAGCGCAUCCACACCAGAUGCACAACAGCCUCAGCAACAACCACAGCAGCAGCAACAGCAGCAGCAACAACAACACGAGCAAGAGCAAAGUCAACAGCAACAGCAGCAACAGCAGCCUCAUCCGAAACUCGACUUGAGGAUACUGAAUUCGACAGAUGACACGGGCAACACAGCGCUGUCGUGGGCAGUGGUGAGCAACCAGUCCCGCAGCGUGCAGUGGCUGAUUGACUCUGGCGGCGCCGACUGCAACGUCCAGAACAAGGCCGGCCAUACCCCGCUCGCCCUCGCGUGUCUCCACGACACCAGCAUCACAAUCAUUGAGUUGCUGUUGAAGGCCGGUGCAUCACCAAACCUGGCUGACAACGAGGGCUGCACACCGCUGCACUUUGCGUCGCGGCACGAUGAUGCUGCUGCCGCCAUCACGCUCCUUGCCAACGGCGCCCACGUCAAUGCCGCCGACAACGAAGGCCUCUGCCCGCUCAUGGUCGCCUGCUCGCUGGGCCGGGCGGCGACGGUGAGCGUUCUACUCGCCAAUCGCUCCAUCAACAUCGAGAGCAAAGACAACAGAGGUCACACAGCUCUCCACUGGGCGCUCUUCUGCGCCCAUGGCAUAUCUCGGAUCCAAACGAGCAACUCACCAAGCGGCGCAAUCUUGAUUCCUGCCAAUGUCCCCAUCACCACAACCACCACCACCACACCAGGCGCGGAUGAAUGA